AUGGGUACCCAGCAAAGGUCUCUCAUUCAAAUGGAGCCUGCAACUGAGCGGCGGUGCCACAGGGUAGAACAAGCAACAAAGAUUCCUUUCUGCCUUCCUUUUAUUUCGGAUGACAUGAGCAAUGCAGUGCGAGCAAGCUUACGACUGGCAGGUCUGCAAGACUCAGUCAGAGUAGUGGACAUACCACUUGUAAACCUGAAGCAGCAGUUAGUCCGCAAUCGCGCAUAUGACAGACUUUGUGAGACACCGAAUUGCAUCGUUUGUCCAAACGGGAAGCAGGGUGAUUGCGUGGUAUCGGGGGUUAUCUACCUAAUCACCUGUCAGUUAUGUGGGGCUGAGUACAUUGGCGAAACAGGAAGAUCAUUAUGUAUCCGCGUCAAGGGGCACCUAGACGGGCUCGUAAAAUCAAAAACAUCAUCCCCUUUAGGUGCUCAUCGCAGACAGUGUCAUGACAACACCCCUUUCAAGAUAGCUGUCACUAUCUUGGCACGCGAAUCAGACGUUCUAGAGCGAAAAACAUUGGAAGCGUUUUAUAUCACGGCCAAAAGUCCUAUCAUGAAUCGUAAAGAAGAAUGCAUCACUGUGACCAACGAGCUGGCGCCAUAUCAGGACCUUUGCGGGUUUUGA